CUAUAACGCACCAAGACAGCGGUGGAUGUUGGAAUGGCUCUGCCGUUUCUUCCCAGAUGUCUCUGUUGGUACACUUUGCUUUCUCCCCUAAACUUUCUCUGCAUCUGUCUCUUCGUGCUUCAGUGGGAGAGGAGUCUGAAGCUAGUUGCUGCUCGUCUGUCUGUAUAGACCAACGCCUCCCAGAAGUGUCUCUCUACCAGUGUCUGGGCACGGAGUUUGUGUGUAGGGAAUACUGCAUGAGUGAUACUCGAAUGAUUGCAGCUGUAUUCGUGUGUCUGUAUUGCUGUGAAUUUCCCUCUCAGGACCGCUUUUGCUGCAUCCCAUAUGAGUUGAGAAAAAGAAAUUGGAAUAUAGAAUACUCAUCCUUUCCAGGAGAGAGUCCACUGCAGUUCAGAAGAGCGGGUCUCAGGACAGUGGGGGCGGAUGCCUCCCUCUCUGAAGCAUGGCUCAGGUGUGGAGAAGGAUUUCAGGACACUUCUGGGACUCCGUCAUUAACAGCUGAAAAGAAGACUCUUACAGAAAAGCACCUUGAAUUAUCCCCUAGGCCCAAGAAAGAAACUAUUACAUCUAAGAGUACCAGUGGGCUUACAGAUAUAACAUGGAGUUCCAGUGGAAGUGAUCUGUCAGAUGAAGAUAAAACACUUUUUAAACCACAGAGAGAUAAUGGACGUAGUUCUACAAUAGACAGGUUUUGUAACAGGAAUAUUUUAUGUCCAGAAGAUGAGGCCAGUGAAGAUGAACUGCAGCUUAUUGACUGGGAGGUUGGCAGUGACAGGGAAGACACUAGUGAAUGUAAUGAAUUUGAAGAUGGUGAGAGUGCUGUGGAAAUAUCGGACUGUGCUUCUUGUGCAAGCAGUCAUUCUUUGACAAGUGAAGAGAGGCUAUCUGAGUUUCCUAAGGCAAGUUCUACAGAAAUUUUGGAGUAUUCAUCAGAUAGUGAAAAAGAAGAUGACUUAGAGAAUGUCUUGGUCAUUGAUUCAGAAUCCUCUCACGAAUACCACACAGAUUUUGAAUCAGGUGGAAGACAGGUUAUGGAGAGACUGAAAAAGCCAAGGGUGAAAACUACAGAGACCAUUUUGUAUACACCCCAGAAACAGGCAGAGUUUCCUAGGACUCCAGAAAAUUCAGCCAAGAAGAAGAAGCUUUUAAGAGGCGGGCUAGCAGAAAGACUAAAUGGACUACAGAAUCGAGAGAGAUCUGCUAUUUCUUUAUGGAGACAUCAGUGUGUUUCUUACCAAAAGACACUUUCAGGUAGAAAAUCUGGUGUAUUAAUUGUGAAAAUUCUAGAGCUACAUGAGGAAUGCACCAUCCAAGUUGCCAUGUGUGAACAGUUAGCAGGGCUGCAGGCUGAUAGUCCUCAAGGUGAGGCCGCCCAGACUGACCUGAAGGUUCUCUUCACCAAGGAGACUGCACUCUAUCUCAGGGGGCAUCCUCAAGACAUCGUCCACAUCUACCCUCCCUGGCAAAAGCUUAUUAUCCCAAAUGGAAGUUGCCCUGUUAUUCUGAAUACUUAUUUCUGUCAGAAAAUUGUUGCCAAAGAAGAUUCAAAAACAACACAAGAAAUGCACUGUUGGGACACACCCCGUCCAAGAAGAAACAUCACUUUAGCCCAGAUGUUUAGAUUUAAGAGUCCAACAGAGAAUUCACCUGAAAGCCAGGUUAUGUGUAGUGGUCUCACCGCCAUGGGGACAGACUGGACCCACGGGGACAAAGAAGCAAAACAGCACAUCCUAGCCCAGGCUCCCCUGAGGGAUUCUCUUCUGGAUGCAGUAGAAAACCAAGGAGCUGCCACGUGGCCGGGAGGUGGGGUCCGAGUGGUGGUGCAGAGAGUGUACUCUCUUCCCUUCACGUGUCAGCAGGGAAGUGGCUCAGCUCCUUCCCUCGGCUCGGACCCACCUAGAGUUCGAAUCUGCCUUCUCGUGCAAGAUGCCUAUGGAAUGUUCGGUGAAGUGUACUCAGAGGACACCAUCUUGAAGGACAGACAGUUGGAAGGGAAGUGCUGUAGCCUGGCAGGAAUGAAGGUUCUACAAAAGGCCACCAGAGGAAGGACAGCAGGGCUUUUCAGUUUGAUUGACAUCAUGUGGCCUCCAGUGAUAGCUCUGAAAGCACCUGGCCACAGGCAAGCCUGUGAAGAGGUAAAAACUCAUCUGCCUCCUCCUAGCUUCUGUUACAUCCUCACUGCUCAUCCAAAUCUGGGACAAAUUGAUAUAAUUGAAGAAGACCCCGUUUCUAAGCUUUACCAGCCUCCAAUUCCUUGCUCCUUAAGAGGAAUUCUCCAGACUGAUGAUCUCAGUACCCGUUGCAGUUUCUAUGCCAGAGUGAUUUAUCAAAGACCACAGCUAAACAGUUUGCUUCUUCGGGAGCAAAGGGAGAUUUGGCUGAUGGUGACUGACGUCACCCUGCAAGUGCAGGAUGAGAAUAACUCUGGCCUCCCCAAAACCAUCCCGGUCUGUGUGGCCUCCUCAUGUGUACUGGACCCAGAAGUCCUGGAAGCGCUCGCCGAGGCUGCCCCUCACAGCUUCCUCUUCAGGGACGCUGUCCGAGACCAGGGUCGGAUUGUUUGUGUUGAACGAACUGUCCUCUUGCUUCAAAAGCCCCCUUUGGGUGUGGCCUCUGGUGCUCGCUCCUGUGAGUUGACUGGCCCUGUGACGCUCGAUGAACUGGAUUCUGUCACUCAGGUCAACUCCAUUUGCAGUGUUCAAGGCGCUGUGGUUGGUGUGGAUGAGAGCACUGCCUUCUCGUGGCCUACAUGUGACCUGUGUGGCAACGAGAGAUUGAAACAGAGCCCAGAAGACAGAGGCACUUUUUCCUGUGGGGACUGCUCCCGCGUGGUCACCGUUCCUCUUCUCAGAAGGCACCUGCAGGUCUUCCUGGACUGCCCCUCGCGCCCCCAGUGCACAGUGAGCGUCAAGCUGCUGCAGAGCAGUAUUGCUUCACUUCUGCGGUUUGCCGCCUGCGAUGAUGGGACCUGCAGUUUGGACAGGGCUCUGCCAGGACAGCACAUCUCUGCUCCACUGAGCGUCAGCUGCUGCCCCAACGGCUGGGCUGGAGUCACAGAAGUCCCCUUCAUCCCAGCUGGCCACUGUGCUCCUGUCAGCUGGGACCUUCCCAGGAUUUAGCCAGAUAUCCACACAGUCUGGACUCCCUCACAGCAUGUGUCUGGGUCCCACGAGAGGCAGGCAGAAGCUGGGCACUUUUCCUGACCUAGCUUGGAUGACACUCAGCGUCCCUUCCACUUCAUUCUGUUCAUGAGAAGCCAGUCACUGAGCCCAGCCAAGACCCAGGGUAAAGCAGGGAGAUGCCCACCUUUGAUGGGAGGGCCCAGGGAGCCACAAACAUGUGCCUGCUUGGGCCAUUUGGUGUGACCCCUCCAGCCUCAGUCCCCUUUGCCAAGACACGUUAAUGAUGGAAAGGGUGACUUAAUACAUACUGAACAGAGCUAUUGAGAGGUUUAUCAAGUGUCUUGCACAGAGGAAGGGUGAGAGGUACCCCUAAUAUUGCUCUGCAAGUGGCAGCAAAGGAGUUUCUGAAAGAACACAUUACCUUCUAAGGCUUUAGUCCCCACUAAGACCAGAGAUGUAAUUUAUCCCAAUGCUUUUGAGCCUCUCUUUAUUCUCAGCCCACCCCUACCCCAGGAAGAACAUGUCCUGAGGUUUGAUCUAUACAAGCCAAGUGAGGGCACACCACACCUUUGAAGCCUGGUCAAUGAGUACCCCUGCUGCCCUGUGCCCUGUGUUCUUACCUAGAGAUGAAACUUGCCUGAGAUUAACCAAUCACUGUAAGAUAUUCAUCAAAUAACAUGUGAAGAAAAAGUCUUCUACAACAUAGAGUUGUUUAGCUCAUUGUAACUCUAGAAGAAAUGGGAUCCUAUUAAGGAGGGAAGUUUGGGGCAAAGUACCAGGAAAUCCUUUGACCAGCAGUGUUGCAAGAUUGGGGAAGUGUCCCAAAGGAAGUGGGAGACAGCUGCAAGCACAAUGCAUGCCCAACCCCCAGCUAGAAAACAGGCACGUCCCUUUGUGUCUUUUCCCCACAGUUCCCCUCUGAGCACAGCCAGCUAGGAGAUGCUUAUUGUUGCAUCCACUAACAAACAUCAAUACGAGAUAUUUUAAAUGUUCUUGUGUAAAAACAGAAUUCCGUUAUCAGGAAAAAGUUCCUUCAUUUGCUCUAAUAAAUAGGGCCUUUAUCACGGCCCUUCAUCUCUUCCUCCUCACCAACGUUGUUCUCACCACUUGAAGACUGGAAGAUCAUGGACUGGGGAAAGGGCCUUCUAUUCUGCUCUCUGGUGUUCUGUUUGUUGGGAACAGAACAUCCAGGGCUAUGUCUGUUUGCUUUAACCAGCACGUCUUUUAUCACUGCAGACUUACGAAGUGAAGAGUGUCCUCGGAAAGGAGGUGGGGUUGUUAAACUGUUUUGUCCAGUCCAUAACCACCUAUCCGACUAGCU